CCGUCAGAGGGCCAAUUCUGCCGGAGCUUCAUGUGUUCGCGGGAAAAGUUGCGUAUAUAAGUUGUUAUUUUGUUAAUAAUAAAGGAAUUGCACUAAUUAUUCUGAGCACGAAUAGAUGAUUUGAGUUACAAGUGUUUUCUUAGCACCAUAACAAUGGCCGUUCAAGCGAAUCAACAGUUUAAUUUGGAUCAACCAACCGCACAGGGCUUUGUGAGAUUUUUCAAAAACCUCCCACCCAAAUCAAGCAGCACCAUAAGAAUCUUUAACAGGCAAGACUAUUAUACUCUUCAUGGAAGCGAUGCCCUAUUUGCAGCUGAAGAAAUUUUUAGAACCACCUCGGUUUGCAAGAUGAUUGGCGCUGAGCCGAAUAAAAUAGAGGGAGUAGUUUUGAACAAAAACCACUUUGAGGCGUUUCUUCGUGAUCUUCUGCUCGUAAAGCAAUACAGAGUAGAAGUUUACGUGAAUCAAGCUUCCGGAAAGAAUCAAGACUGGGUGAUCGAGUACAAAGGAUCACCAGGAAAUCUGUUACAAUUCGAAUCUAUUCUCUUCGACAAUAAAGACAUCAUCGCUGGUUCAAAUAUUAUUGCAGUAAAGCUCGGUACCGAGGGGAAAUUUAAAGUUGUAGGACUGAGUUGCGUCGAUGUUGUUUCUACCUUGAUCUCAGUUUGCGAAUUCAAAGAUGAUGAUACUUUUACAAACUUGGAAUCUCACUUUGUUACUCUUGCACCUAAAGAGUGUUUGGUCGUUCAACCUCCAGGAGACAACAAUCCGGAAUUUAAUACUUUAAAACAGCUCCUAGAGAGAAAUAACGUGGUGAUUACGCUGAGGAAGAAAAGUGAAUUUUCAAGCGACACGAUCGUACAGGAUUUAAAUACACUCAUCAGAUUCAAAAAGGGACAACAAAGGAAUGUCCAAUCGUUUCCUGAAUUUAAUUUGAAUCUGGCCAUGUCUGCGACAGCUGCGAUUAUAAAAUACUUGGACUUAACAUCAGACCAGGGAUUUGUUAACCAAUUUGUUCUCAAAGAGGUGGAACAAUCGCGAUACAUAAGGCUCGAUAGUGCAGCCAUCAAAGCCUUGAAUAUCGAGCCGAGAACAGAUUCACAAAAUCCUAAUACUUCUGCGAGUAUUUUAACCUUGUUGGACAAGUGCAGAACUUCUCAAGGUCACAGACUUCUCGCUCAGUGGAUUAGACAGCCACUUCGAGAUUUGGCACUCAUAAAGGAAAGGCAUGACAUCGUCGAGAUUUUGUUUAAGGACAAUGAUUUAAGGACCACAUUGAGCGACGAUUAUUUGCGUCGAGUACCGGAUUUGCAAUCUCUUGCGAAGAAACUAGCGAGGAAGAAGGGAAGCCUUCAGGAUGUGUACAAAAUCUGGUUGUGUGGUAAUAAUUUGCCGCAAAUGCUCGAGAAAUUGUCUAACGCGUCAAACGUGGCUGCAAUGAAAGCUAUGAUUAUCGAUCCAUUGGAGGAACUAAUUCGAGAUCUGGAUAAGUUCCAGCAGAUGGUCGAACAAACGAUCGAUUUGGAAGCGGCUGAGAGAGGAGAUUUUAUGGUGAGACCUGAUUUCGACGAUGAACUGAAAGAACAUAAAUCAGAUAUGGAAGAUAUAGAAAAAAAGCUUCACCGUCAACUGCAAAAGGCAGCCGAUGAUCUUUCAAUGGAUGCAGGAAAAUCCAUUAAAUUAGAAUCCAAUCAGCUAAACGGCUACUAUUUUCGCAUAACUUUGAAGGAAGAGAAAGUUUUGAGAAAUAACAAAACUUACACGAUUUUGGAUUCAAACAAAGGUGGCGUCAGGUUCCAAAAUAAUAAAGUAAGGGACUUGAAUGAGGAAUACAUGUGUGUUCGGGAAAAAUACGAAGCUGCGCAGAAGAGCGUCGUUGCUGAAAUUACGUCUAUCGCAGCUGGAUAUAGUGAGACUGUAAAGUCAAUUGGUACUGUCAUUGCAAAUCUCGACGUUUUUACUUCUUUUGCUGGAGUCGCUCUUAAUUCUCAGAAGGCUUUUGUUCGACCGGAAAUACUUCCAAGUGAUGCUGGAAUAUUGAAUCUUGUUCAAGUCAGGCAUCCGCUUUUGGAAAUUCAGGAAGGAGUGGAUUUUAUUGCUAAUGAUGUCUCCUUAAAAAGAGGUGAAAGCCAUUUUUACAUAAUAACGGGGCCCAACAUGGGAGGAAAAAGUACCUACAUCAGAUCCGCGGGUGUUGCUGCUUUGCUGGCUCAUAUUGGCAGCUUCGUGCCUUGUGAUAAAGCCUCAAUUUCCCUACUUGAUUGUAUUUUGGCUCGAAUUGGCGCUGAUGAUUCGCAGAUUAAGGGUCUUUCAACUUUUAUGGCAGAAAUGGUCGAAACUGCUGCGAUUAUUAGAACUGCAACUUGCAAUUCGUUGGUCAUCAUUGAUGAACUUGGAAGAGGAACUUCCACUUACGAGGGCUGCGGCAUCGCUUGGGCUAUUGCUGAGCAUUUAGCGAAAGAAGUUAAAUGCUACAGUUUGUUUGCAACUCACUUCCAUGAAAUUACAAGGCUGGCUGAGCAAGUGCCAGCUGUGGAAAAUAGACACGUUACUGCCCUCGUUACAGAUGAUAGACUCACUUUGCUGUACAAAGUGAUGCCCGGAAUUUGCGAUCAAAGUUUCGGAAUUCACGUAGCUAAGAUGGCCAAUUUUCCUGAAGAAGUCAUUGAGUUUGCGAAGCGAAAACAGAGAGAAUUGGAAGACGUUCAGGGAAAAGUUUUCGAAGGAUCCGAUGAUCCGGAGAAAAGACGUAAAAUCAUUAAGGAAGGUCAAGAGUUAAUCGCCGAUUUUGCGCAAAAGUGUAAAAGUUUGGACAAGUCACUCUCCUUUGACGAGUUAAAAUCUAAAAUCACUGUUUUUAAGGAAGAGAUUCUCGCCCACAAUAAUCCCUACGUUAACGUUCUAAUGUCUGAUUAAGAUUUACGUAAGUUAAGAUAUCCGUAUUUUGUAUUUAAAUUAUGUAGAGAAUACAUUUUUUUUAUUUUGGUAAUAAAUAUUUCGUUCUGAUCGAAA